CGCCGCGAUCCGCACCGCCACAGCGCCAGCGGACGGACGGGGGGACCCGGAGCGCAGGUGGUGUGCCGUCCCGUCCCGUCCCGUUGGCGGAGAGGCGGAACUUCGGCCGAAGUUGCGCGGCGCGGAGGCUCCACGGCUGAUCCUGCUGAGAGCCCCUGAGUUACAGAGCUCUAUGGGAACUGAGACCACUUGACUGCAUUCAGCACCUUUCAGGAGCAGCCCUAGGUUAAACCCUGUGUUUCCCACUGGCUGUGGCUGCAUUCACCAUUCUGGGCCUUGCUGACACGCACACAUCUGCAGGACCGGGACAAUUAAUUCAGCUGCUUUUCAGCUUUCCAGCAGGGCACUAAAUGAGAAUAUGGCCAAUGGCAUUGAAGAUCUUAUUGGGAUCCCCUUCCCAAACCACAGCAGCGAGGUCCUGUGUGGCCUAAAUGAACAGCGACAUGAUGGUCUCCUCUGCGAUGUCAUCCUCAUCGUCCAGGACCAGGAGUACCGGACCCAUCGCUCUGUCCUUGCUGCCUGCAGCAAGUACUUCAAAAAACUCUUCACUACCGGCACUUUAACUGACCAGCCCUAUGUUUACGAGAUUGACUUUGUCAAGCCUGAAGCACUUUCUGCCAUCCUCGAGUUUGCCUACACCUCAACCCUCACCAUCACCACUUCCAACGUCAAGCACAUCCUCAGCGCUGCCAAGAUGCUGGAGAUCCAGUGCAUCAUUAACGUCUGCCUGGAAAUCAUGGAGCCCAGCAGAGGGGAGGAGGAGGAAGACGACAAAGAGGACGAAGAUGACGACGAAGACGAAGAUGAAGAUGAGGAGGAAGAGGAGGAGGAGGAGGAGGAGGAAGAAGUGGAAGAUUUUGUCAAUCAGGAGAACCUGACUGAUGGCCAAGAAGUAAGCUGUCACCAAAGUCCUUCCAAGUCUGAUCUUACUGAAGAAGCGUUCACCGAAGCACCUAAAGACUUUCCGAAUCACUACCAGGCCAACAACUCCUCCGGGCACUUGGGCGUGAUAAGAGACUUUUCCAUCGAGUCCUUGCUGAGGGAAAACUUGUACCCCAAGGCAAACAUCCCAGAAAGGAGGCCAGCCCUCUCUCCUUUUGCCCCUCCCUUCUUCCCCCAUCUGUGGAAUGGUGAUUUUAGCAGCUUUCCCCAACUCGAAGAGCCGCAGAUAGACAAUGGCCCCUUGGAUCUGGUGAUCAAUAAGAGGAAGAUCAAGGAAGAGGAGGAGAAGGAAGAGCUGCCUCCGCCUCCUUUCCCUAAUGACUUCUUCAAGGACAUGUUUACCAACACCCCAGCAGCUCCCUUAGGGCACAUUAAGGCAGAGACCGACUACAGCGCUUAUCUCAAUUUCCUCAGCGCUACUCAGUUCGCAGGAGUUUUUCCUCCGUGGCCCCUGGAGGAAGAGAGGAAGAUAAAGCCCAAGGCAUCCCAGCAGUGUCCCAUCUGCAACAAAGUCAUCAUGGGGGCUGGGAAGCUGCCCCGGCACAUGAGGACCCACACAGGGGAGAAGCCGUAUAUGUGCAAUAUCUGUGAGGUCCGCUUUACCAGGCAGGACAAGCUCAAAAUCCACAUGCGGAAGCACACGGGAGAGCGGCCCUACCUGUGCAUCCACUGCAACGCCAAAUUCGUCCACAACUACGACCUGAAGAACCACAUGCGCAUCCAUACGGGUGUCCGGCCCUACCAGUGUGAGUUCUGCUACAAGAGCUUCACCCGCUCCGAUCACCUCCACCGCCACGUCAAGCGGCAGAGCUGCCGGAUGGCGCGGCCGCGCCGGGGCCGCAAGCCGGCAGCAUGGCGGGCGGCCGGUUUGCUCUUCGGUCCCAGCGGCCCACCGGUGGAGAAGGCCUUCAUGGUGCCGCCGGCUAUGGAGGAAGUAGGCGGCCUUCCCAUGUGCCUUCCCGGCCCCAGCCCCGAGCACUUUCUGAGCGGGACGAAGGCGGCCUUCAGCCUGCAGGAGCUGGAGGACACCCAGAGGAAGCUGCUGCGGCGAGCACAGCUGGACAUGGAGCGGAACGCGGGCAUCUUCGCCUUCGCCCUCGGCCACGGCGACAACCUGGCGGCCCAACCCUUCUUCCCGCUGGCCGACCCGUGGGGCACGGGGUUCAACGGCCUGGCGGGGCUGGGCCACGUGGCGCCCAUCUCUGAGGCCACCAACUAGCCCGCGCUGGGGCCGCUGCCUUCCUCCCCGCCAGGCUCCGCCGUGCGCUCGGGGUUGGGUCACCCGAUGUCGGUGUCCCCGUCCAAGGCUGCUGUUGUCCUCGACGCUCCCAAAAUGUCACUUGCCUUAGCAUGGGCAUCCCAGGGACUCUCUGCCUGGGGGACACUGGGCACCCAUGAGCUGUCCAGACUUGGGUUUGGUAUGUUACAUUCCUUGGCCGUUUGGGUCAAAAGGACUUUUGGGAGUUGGUUGUUUUUUUUGUUGUUGUUGUUAUUGUUCAUGUUGUUUUGUUUGGUUUUUUUUUAGUUAAUUCCUAACUCUGGCAACAAAACUAGUUCUGAAGGGGAUCCUGGUUGGUUAGUCCUAAACCAUCCAAAAAAAAAAAAAAAAAAGGCUCUGGUAUCACCCAGGUGGAAUCUGGGUGGAAAAGGGGAUAUUUUGCUUAUUUCUUUUUUUUUUUUUUUCCCAUUUCUCAAUUUCACACAGAGAACCAAACCUCAUUUUGAGCAUUUUCACUUCAUUUGCUUAAAAAGGUGAAGAAAGAUUUGUGGGAGAAUCAGAGAAAUGUUUUGAUCCGGAGCUUUGGGAAAACAAACCACAAAGGGAAUUCUGAAAUGAAAAUCAUUUCAAACCAAAGAUUCGGAAUUGCUCACUGAGAAUUCACCACUGCUGACCAUAGAUGUUUGUCCUCAAUUCACUCUUCCAUCUAAUUCCUACCCACAUGUUGAUGACAAAACUCAACGAAAACACUUGGGUGUCCCUGAAUCUGCAAUGCUGGUUGGAAAAAAUUCCAAUGCACAAAUUUUCCUGCUGCUGGCAUCAAGGGGGCUUUGUGGGAAGGGGCCACUGAAGAUUUCUUGCAGACAGCGUCGUCUACUUGCCAGCAAGUAGAAAUAAUCUGUGUUCACCGUUUGUUUGUUCAGAUCUAAAUGUUAAAAACUGUGGCUUUUCCUUUCCUUUGCUUCAACAAAUGAAAGGGAACCAGGGGAGCGCCGUCCAUCUCCAUCCGUUCCUUGGUUUGCCCAUGGAUGGUUCUGCUCUGAAGCAGAUGGGGGCGGUGGAGCAAAACAUAUGGAAAGAAGAAAGAAAACCUUUUAAAGCUGCAUUAAACUUUUUUCCUUUUAACUCUGUGUCAACUUCCUACAUGGCAAUGUUUCGUAGAGGACUGGUUCCUUCGGGUGUUUAUUUUGGAGUCAUUGUAAAAUAUCCAAAGAUGCUGAGUACUGUAUGAUCUACAAGAACUUGA